AUGGCAGAUACAACAGGCGAUGAAAAUAGAGAGCGUCUCAAGGCUGCACUGUGGUACGCCGUUGGCCAAAUCGUCGAUGAAGAGUCCCUCCGUCGCAACCGCAACGCCACACCGCAAUUCAUCGGUGCACUCACAGAACUUGUUUGGACGCAAAUUGAGAAUAUUGCCACGGAUCUAGAGAGUUUCAGCAAUCAUGCAGGUCGCUCAACCGUCACAACAGAUGACGUGCUGCUUCUUGCGAGGAAGAAUCCUGAUUUACAUCAAAUCAUGAAGGAAUUCGUUGAUCAAGCCAAGGCGGAGAAGGGAACCUCCAAGGCCAGACGAGGUGCAAGCAAACGAUAG